AUGCAACCAGACACUACUACCUCACUCUCUCGUUCCAUUUUCUCAUUAAAAAAUGAAAUUGGGAUUAAUCAACGUAUUCUUGAUCCCGACUAUGAAAAUAUGAAACAAAAUUUAUUGAACACUUCAAAGGAGUUCACAACUAUCUUGAAAAACGUCGAACACCUUCCACAGACAAUUGUCGAACUUUUCACGUGUCAUUUGUCGAUUCUUUCGUCACUCAAAAAUUGUGUGCAGAUGUCGAAGAAUUCGGAGGAAAGUACUAAUCAAAUAGCAUCGACCACUGAAGUCUUCCAGAACCUCCAAAUCUCUGCUGGGAGAUAUAAAAACAAAAUUCUUAAUGAACUGAUGACACCAUUGAAAACAUAUAACCAACAAUUUAUUGAAUUACUCAACCGAUGCAAAGUCGCCGAGAAGAGAAAAGAGGACUUCGACUUUGCCUCAGAAAAACUUUCAGAAAUCUCAAAGAAAGGGAAACAGAGCAAAAUGUUACAAGCACAACAGAAUUACUCUGACGCCAAAGACAAGUAUGAAUGGCUCAAAUUGGAGUUAAUUGAAGACGCAACUAAGUUAAUACAAGACUGCGAGGUAGUCACUCUUCCAGUCGUUAGAAAUCUUUUGAUUGGGUUCAACGAUGUUGUCAAUUCAAUCAAAACAUCAUGGGAAAAAGUACCUGAGAUGAUCGACAAAUUGCCAACUGAGGGAUUUUGGUUGAACUAUGUUAUUAAAGCGUAUGGCGACUCAAUGGAGAAAGAAGCUAAUGUCGAUAGAAAAAGACUCGAUCUGAUCAGUAAACAACAAAUCCAAUACCAACAAAACCCUAGACGACAACAAUUCUAUCAACCUUACCCACCAAUCCCACAAGCACAAAUGUACCAAUACUCCCCUUAUCAAUCACAACGAAGUAAUGUACUACAGACUCAACAAGUACAACAAAUGCAACAACCUCAACAAGCACAAUACAACCAAUACCAAACAAAUCAAUACAAUUCUUAUAACCCUUAUAUGGCUAAUCAACAACAACAAAUGUACGUCCAACAGAACGUGAGUACCCAACAACAACAACUACCACAAAAAACAUAUGAAAUACCACCAGGACAAGUCAACCCAUACAUACAACCAUCGUACGUUAAUCAAAAAGAAGAAGCUAAGAAAGACGUAAAGGAAGUCAAAGAGACUCCUAAAGCAAAUACUUGUAAGGCUCUUUACGACUAUGACGCUCAAGACGAAAACGAACUUUCUAUUAAAGAAGGAGAUGUGAUUAAUAUAAUUAAGAAAGACGAGUCGUCUGGUUGGUGGACAGGAGAGUUACAUGCUAAGACGGGCCUCUUCCCAAGCAAUUAUGUCACUUUGAUGUAA